AUGACUGAGAGUAGCGAGAAUACUCCCGACUGUUUUCGACCUUGGCAGAGGCGAGCUCUUGAGAAUGGACGUACGCCAUUGCCUGAGAACCCAGGAGAAAGGCCAUGGUUAAACACUUCAUCAGAUACUGAAACAGCCACCUCUUCUGUCACGGUCCCACCUGCGUCAUUUACCUUCAUUUCCCAAAGAAAUGCAAGUACCCUUGAAGUACAAGCCUCUCCCGAUACUGUGGGUGUCGCACAGAACUACCGCUGGUGGACAGAAGGUGAGAAGAGACGUCUCAUUCAUCUGAGAAACAGCGGGCAAACUUGGGCCGCUAUCAGUUCAGCUUUCCCAGACAGGACUCUCCAGGCCCUCAAGCAGACAUACCACAAGCGUCGAUUUGCAAUUGAGCGUCAAAUGGAGAAAGAGGCGGCCGCAGCGACUUCUGCUGACACUUGUCUCAUUAAUGAAGACGGUAAGAAGAGUAAUUCUUGA